GAAAAAAAUAAUUAAAUUUUUUUUUGAAUCAAUAAUAAUAUUUUAAUGAUCAAAAUCAUGCAUUAAAUACAAAUCAUUCUCUUCUUCUAUUCUCUUUUAUCUAUUUCUCUCUCUGUCUCUCUCUCUCUCUCUCUAAUCAUUCAUCAAUUCGGGUCGAAUACUAGAAGAUCCGUUGUUUUUUGUAUUCGGAGCUCGGUUCCGGGUUCGGAUUCUAGGGUUUGUAUUUGGAAUUUCGAGAAUGGCUCAGGGAACAGGGAGGGGCAGAGUGGUCGGAGACUACUUGGUGGGUCGGCAAAUCGGGUCCGGGUCGUUCUCGGUGGUGUGGCACGCGAGGCACCGAGUUCAUGGAACCGAGGUGGCGAUCAAGGAAAUCGCUACGGGUCGACUCAACAAGAAAUUGCAAGAGUCUCUCAUGUCGGAGAUCUUCAUCCUCAAGCGGAUUAACCACUCUAAUAUUAUUCGCUUGCACGAUAUCAUUGAGGUUCCUGGGAAAAUACACCUUGUAUUGGAGUACUGCAGAGGGGGUGAUCUUUCCGUAUACCUUCAACGCAAUGGAAGAGUCCCAGAAGCCAUUGCAAAGCAAUUCAUGCUGCAGCUGGCUGCUGGUCUACAAAUUCUUCGUGACAAUAAUCUUAUACAUCGGGAUUUAAAGCCACAGAAUCUCCUUCUUUCUACAAACAACAACAAUUCAACUUUGAAGAUUGCAGAUUUUGGAUUUGCAAGAUCUCUGCAACCUAGAGGCCUUGCAGAAACCUUGUGUGGCUCACCUCUUUACAUGGCACCCGAGAUAAUGCAACUUCAGAAGUAUGAUGCAAAGGCAGAUCUCUGGAGCGUUGGUGCGAUUUUAUUUCAGCUUGUUACUGGAAAAACUCCAUUUACUGGAAACAAUCAAAUACAGUUGCUGCAGAACAUUAUGAGAUCAACUGAAUUGCAUUUCCCUCUAGAUAUCACAGAUCUGAGUUCGGACUGCAAAGAUUUGUGCCAGAAAUUGCUGCGACGUAAUCCAGUUGAACGACUAACAUUUGAAGAGUUUUUUAAUCACCCAUUUCUUUCUCAGAAGCAACCUGCUGAAUCACUGAGUAGGAGGUCUUCAAUACUACUGGAUGAAUUUCGUUCGCCUGAAUGUAAUCCUGUGAGGAAUAUGGAGGAAAGUUCUCCAGAUGAUUGUCUUCCUUUCUUUUUAGAUGAUGAUUCUAGUGGUGCAGAGGGGAGCCCUUCCUUUGUAAAACGGAGGCCCUUUAUGAAGUCUACUUAUGGAUUUUCUCUUGAUACAAAAGUUGAUAAAAGGGAAGCAGCAUCAACAACUUCUAAUAACAUUAUUCUUACUUCCAGACAUGGUAGUUCCACAGAUAAAUUGGAAAGUACUAGUCCUAAGUUAGACAGCCAUAGACCACCCUCAAUCAGAAAUUUAAUUGAUCCUAUAAAACCUAUGGACCAGAGAUCAUUUAACAAUAGAUCAAGAGUUUCUGCGGUCAUGGAGUCGCUAGAGUCAAUUGAUCAAGAUUAUGUUCUCGUGUCUGGACCUCCAAUGGAUGUGUCAUCUUCCUCAGCAAGUGCUUCCAAGCCAAGCCAUUCUCCAUACAAGUCAGGGUCUCCUCCCCAAGCAUUUGUUAAUAUGACUGACACAUCAAGUGCUCCAAUGCCAAUCAUGGGCACAGCUACCAGUAACCCAUAUCGCAUUGAAAACUUGGAAAAUCAAAGCUCUGCUCCAGGGACUUCACAAGGAUCAAUGUCUAUAGGAGAUGCUUUAGAGCAGCCAUCAACUCACUGCAUGAUGAGGAUUAAAUCAUUAAAACAGUGCGCAUCUGCCAUUACAGAAUUAGAAAAUGAAAAGAUUGAGACAGGCAGGCAACUAGAAGCAUUCUCAAUACGACUUGUAAUUCUUGCAAUUUGGAAGCAAGCGUUGGAUAUAUGCCAUACACAAGCUGCCUCAGCUAUGGAAGGAAGUCCAAGCCAAGAGAGUACACGAUUUAAAAGGAGCACCAGCAAGAAGUAUGAUAGUCCUGAAGCAGAAGAACGUCUUUCAGUUGGCAGCAAUCAAUUGCCAGAGGAUAUUGCCUCUCAGAUUGAGAGAGAAUUUCUCCUGGAAGUUGAACAUGCUGAAGAACUUGCUAAGGUCAUUGAGCCUGGCAAUACAGAGAUGCCAGAUGCAAUGGAGACAAUAUUCCAAGCUGCCCUUGCUUUUGGGAGGCGUGGAGGCGUUGAGGAGCUCAUGGGUGAUAUGGAAAAAGCAACAGAAUUGUAUUCAAAAGCUGUGCGUUUGUUAGUUUUCCUUCUAGUGGAAGCACCAUCCCUCAUUCUCAAUCCGCCAUUCUCUCUCACAAACUCAGACCGGUAUAGGCUUAGAACUUACAUUGAUGUCAUUAAUAACAGGCAAGGUUAUUCUAGGUCCCAGCGGAUGGCUCUUCUGAACACCCCCUUAGAAACAAGUGACGUUUAGGUACCAUUUCUUGAUUACUCGUUUCGUUUUACUCUGUAAAAUUAUUUGUUUGUACAGUAAUUCUUUGAGUGUCUGGGGGAGUUGGGAUGUUGAAAUAGUUGACUUGUACUGGGAUAGGCUGUUGUAAUAUUACAUUUUUGUGAUUCAAAGAAUGGUGAAAUGUGCAUUCGUUCUACAUUCAAUGCACUCUCUGUUCAGAUUA